AUGACAACCAAGGUUAAAAAGAAAAGUGCUAAGAAAGAAGAAGAUUUUAGUUCAUCUAAAGAAGAUAAAGAAUGCAUUUUAGAUGAUAAUUCUGACAUGGAGUGUGACAUUGGGGGAACAUGGUUUCAAGCUAUGCAAUACUGUAAACUACACAAUAUGGACUUGGUUAGUGUCGAGACUGAAGCAGAAAAUGAUUUUCUUUAUGAGACGAUGAAGUUAUUAUGUAAGGAUUUUGGAGGCGAUGACGAAUAUCGAUUUUGGUCAUCAGGAACCACCUUCUCUUACGACAAAUGGGCAUGGAUGGGAACAGGUCAACCAAUCAAAUACUUCAGUUGGAUGCCAAAACAGCCCGACAAUAUCAAGAAUGACAAAUGUCUUGAAAUUAGAUGUUUUUCAUUUCUAGUUGGAGGCGAUGAUGAAUAUCGAUUUUGGUCAUCAGGAUCCACCUUCGCGGACGACAAAUGGGUAUGGAUGGGAACAGGUUUACCAAUAAAAUACUUUAAGUGGAUGCCAAAACAGCCCGACAAUGCCAGGGACAAUGAAAAGUGUCUUGAAAUUAGAUAUAAUCCACACGAUGGCAUCCUAUGGAAUGACGAAUAUCAAAAUAAGGACUUACACGUUGUUUGUGAAUCUAAAAUUUCAUAA